CUCAUGCGUAUUAUAAUUGUGAUUUUAGAAAAGGCAACGAAAGACUGCGGCGAAAACGGCCAGUGGUUCAGGCAUCCGCAGAGCAACAGGGUUUGGACCAACUAUACGCUCUGUCCUGUUAAGACCACCAGGCCAGAGCUGGAGGCUGCGGAGCCCAGCGCUGAUCCCCGGGCGGGCCAGGUGGCCGACACGGAGGAGGAGGGCCGCGCCAGGAAGAUGAUCCUGGACGGACAGUAUAAAUGCUUCGAGAAGAUGAACCGCGACCCGGCUUACAACAAAACUGGCCACUUCUGUAGCCGUAACUGGGAUGGCUGGCUUUGCUGGGACGAUACUCCAGCAGGACUGAACAGCACUCAGACCUGUCCCGGCUACUUUCUGACCUCUGACCCCACAGAAAAUGCAACUAGGUAUUGUGGUGAGGACGGGCAGUGGUUCCGCCAAACUGGGACCAAACGGUUCUGGUCAGACUACACGCGGUGCAGCGCUCAGGCACCACUUCACAAGAAUGAAUACAGACCUGCCACCGAAAUGAUUGUGGAUGCUGACUACGCAUGUUUCAAGAAAAUGAAACAAGAUCCACCCUACAGCAGGCCAGGAGCGUUCUGUGGUCGUACCUGGGAUGGUUGGCUGUGCUGGGACGACACUCCAGCAGAGACACACAGCUCACAGCUCUGUCCCGCGUACUUUGCCGACUUCAACGCCUCAGAAAAGGCAACGAAAGACUGCGGCGAAAACGGCCAGUGGUUCAGGCAUCCGCAGAGCAACAGGGUUUGGACCAACUAUACGCUCUGUCAUGUUAAGACCACCAGGCCAGAGCUGGAGGCUGCGGAGCCCAGCGCUGAUCCCCGGGCGGGCCAGGUGGCCGACACGGAGGAGGAGGGCCGCGCCAGGAAGAUGAUCCUGGACGGACAGUAUAAAUGCUUCGAGAAGAUGAACCGCGACCCGGCUUACAACAAAACUGGCCACUUCUGUAGCCGUAACUGGGAUGGCUGGCUUUGCUGGGACGAUACUCCAGCGGGGACGUUCAGUGCCCAGUUCUGUCCGAGCUACUUCAUCGACUUCGACCCGACCGAAAAGGCUGCCAAGUACUGCGGGGAGAAGGGUCAGUGGUUUCGCCAUCCGGACACCAACAGGACCUGGUCUAACUACACCGCGUGCAACGCCAACACCAAGGAGAAGCUGAAGUCGGUCUUCAUCCUGUACUACAUGGCCAUCGUGGGCCACGCCCUGUCCAUCGCCUCGCUCCUCAUCUCCCUCGCCAUCUUCUUCUACUUCAGGAGCCUGAGCUGCCAGAGGAUCACCCUUCACAAGAACCUGUUCUGGUCCUACGUGCUGAACUCUGCCAUCACCCUCAUCUACCUCAUCGCCGUGGUCAACAAUCCUGACUUAGUGGGCCAAAAUCCAGUUGGAUGCAAGGUGCUCCACUUUUUCCACAUGUACAUGCUGGGCUGCAACUACUUCUGGAUGCUGUGCGAGGGCAUCUACCUGCACACGCUCAUCGUGGUGGCCGUGUUCGCAGAGGAGCAGCACCUGCACUGGUACUACCUGCUGGGCUGGGGGUUCCCCUUAGUGCCGGCUUGUAUCCACGCAGUGGCUAGGAAGCAGUAUUUUGACGACAACUGUUGGAUGAGUGUGGAAACCAAUCUGCUCUAUGUGGUACACGGGCCCAUUAUGGCAGCUCUCCUGGUGAACCUGUUCUUCCUGCUGAACAUCGUGCGGGUGCUGGUGACCAAGCUCAGGGACACCCACCGCGCGGAGACCAACAUGUACAUGAAGGCGGUGCGGGCCACCCUGAUCCUGGUGCCACUGCUGGGCAUCCAGUUCGUCAUCUUCCCCUGGAGGCCCGAGAACCGGCUGGUGGGGGAGGUGUACGACUACUUCAUGCACAUCCUCAUGCACUACCAGGGCUUACUGGUGGCCACCAUAUUCUGCUUCUUCAACGGAGAGGUGCAGGGAACUCUGAAGCGCCAGUGGAUGCAGUACAAGACCCAGUGGGGCCAGCGGAGACGGGACCACUGCUCCAUGCGCUCCACCUCCUACACGGCCACCUCCAUCACCGAGGUGCCCGCCUUCAUGUACCACCACGAGUGCAACAGCGAACACUUGAACGGCCGCAACUCGGAGGACAGCGAGCUGGUGGCGCUCAAGACGGGCGAGACGUACGCGUGAGCCGGUGGAGGAGGAGCAGGAGCAGGAGCAGGAGCGAGGAGCGAGGAACGAGGAGCGUCGGGAACCGAGGAGGAGGAGCAUCGAGGAGGAGGGCGGGGUGUUUUUGAUGUCACCGAUGCGAAAGGACCAACAUUUAAAGAAAAAAAACCGGACUCGGUUGUUGUUCAACAUGUCUACAGUAAGUGACCCCCGAUCCAAGGGGGCUGAGACUGGUCAGGUCCAGUUUGGACUGGUCUUGUUUGGACUGGUCUGGUUUGGUCUGGUCUGCUCUGGUUUGGAAAGGUCUGGUCUGGUUUUGACUGGUCUGCUCUGGACUGGACUGGUCUGAUCUCAUUUGAACAGGUCUACUCUGGUUUGGACUGGUCCGGUCUGGUUUGGACUGGUCUGCUCUGGUUUGGACUGGUCCGGUCUGGUUUGGUCUGGUCUGGUUUGGACUGGUCCGGUCCGGUUUGGUCUGGUCUGGUUAGACAGAUCUGAUUCAGACUGGUCUACUAUGCUCUGCAACAUUGAGUGUGAUUUGAAAGAGGAGAUAAGCUAAACCGCUACAUGGCGAAUGAGUCUUUUUCAACGUGAUGCUGCUGCUGUCAAGGUGGGCUCUCUUCACCCCACAUUCCUGUGCGACAUAGGACUUAGAGCUCCUUUUAGCUGCUAAACCAUGUGAACUGUGAGCUCAUGGUUUCAGGGACCAGGUGGUGUGACGGACAAGCAAAAAAACUGUGACUCUGAGUGUAGCAGGGUUGAGGUUUUAUGUGGUGACGUGCUAAUGGUGGGGUUUUGGUACUAGCGUGCUAUGAAUGACAUGAUAUGAAUUAAUACUGUGAUGUGGAAUGAAUUGAAUGACAUAGAUGCAGAGGACAGCCACGAGGAUGAGUAUGAUGAGGACAAUGACAAUAAGGAUAGUGUGUGGCUUAACCUAUCUUCACCGAUACCAAAGGGUAUGCUGGCGACAGGGAUGAAAGAACAGAGUUUGUCUUAACGAAGCUGGAAGGAAACACACUCACGUGCACACAUACAUACACACGAACACACACAGAAAUAAUAUGUGCCAUUGAGGUUCAAAUAUCAAAAGGUCUACUGUGCCUGAAGCUCUGGAAUCGUGUACAUAACUUCAAGAAGUCCAGUGUCAAGAAAUGUUUUCAUUGGUUCUAUCAUCAUUAUUAUUGUCAUGAUUUUGAUUUUUCUGUCAAUCUAAUUACCUGCUGACUGUCUGUCCCGUGUAGCUUGGUUUUUACAGUUGCUGUCUUACUGUGUGGUUACAGGGCACCACUGGGCUGGGAGUUUUGUAGAAUAGAGAUGCUAAAUAUAUUAAACUAUGAAUAAAUGUUUUAAAAUAUAUAUAUUUUUAUUAUUAUUAUUAAUUGAACGCUAUCCAUGUUAUUUCACUGCUUAUCGCUGUAGGGGUAAAAUAAUCCCAUGAAGACUCAUUGACAUAACGCAUCUUAUUGUUUACCAUGCAAACCGUGACCUAAUUGCUAUGCUCAUUCUCAUGGAACAAUCUUGUUUACAUUUCCCGCACAAUCUAGCUAAUGUUUUAUUUUGGUCUCAAUGUCAAAAUGAUCAAAUGAUUCCAAUUUCAUGAUACCGAUUUAACAAUGAUACUGAGAAAGAAUGAUGAGCGAUAAUGUGAAUUAAAAUAGGCAGAAAAAGCAGCGCCCUAGAGUAAACAUCUGAUAAAGAACCAGGUGGAUCAUAUCUAGUUUAUUUUUGUGCACAGCAAGACAAAUAACAUAAAAAUACAUGAUUUACGCUCAUUUUGUGUUUUUUGAGUUAAGAGGCUAGAUAAUUCUUUAAACACCACCAUCAAUAUCCCAUUUUGCUAUUGCGACAAUCAAACCCAGUUCUCUCAUAAACCUUAAAAUCAAAUUGUUUGGGUUACUGUUUCCCGUGACCACGAGCCAUCGAAUGACGCGCGUACACAGAGGGCCCUACCGUUGACAGGCCUGUUAUCUGUAGCCAGGAACAUUCCCAUGACCAGUGUUGACUAGCCUUCUUUAUUUAGUUUUUUGUAGAGUCAUAAGAAGGACGAGAGCAAAACACAACCAAGCAGAGCUCCAGGGAGGCGUUCUGCCGGGCUGCCGGAGCCCCUGAGAGGCUGAGGGAUGGGCCACAGGGGAAGGGGAGAAGCUAGGGCUGCUGGGGCGCCUCCAUCCUUCAUGGAAUAUUCUUUCGCUGGUUUAAACCCUGCACCCGAGUCAUCACAGGGGCGCUUAUCUGCAAGGUCGUAUGGAUCGGCUACCCUCCGAACGGAGACUAAAGACGUUCCUUUACAGGUCCCCCCGGGGUGUGGCAUCAUGAGCAAACGUUUGAACGGAACAAUAACCUAUAUAGAUGCUAUGUGCAAUCUUUUACGACAUCCGAAAAGUCCUGAAAACACAAAAUCAAUAAGGGAAAGUUAACCGAAUAAGAUAAAGGAAUGAAAGAAAAAAAGACAAAGAAAACAUAGAAAUCGCAGUCCUGCAAAUAGACAGUGAGCCAUGAAUGAACUCAAAGAACAUUUAUUUCUAAACCAACCAACCAUCGUAGCAGUAUUUUUAUAUUGUUGUUUACACAUCGGGAGCUUAUGCGUUACUCUGAGUCUCUUUUCUUACAGAAUGGAAGUUACUCGUAAAAUGAUGUUGCUUGUUCUGGCUUUCUACUCUACCGUGAAUUGCCCCCAAGACCAUUAAACCUGGGAUGGCAACACCCACUAUGUCCCUCGUCAUAGUUCUUCUCCAGCUAAAUCAAUUCUAGCCUAUGCUGUGGUUAUCUAUUGGACAGCUCUGUUGCUAUAAUGCUAGUUUGCAGGGGUUGCAUUGGUCAGACACACAAAACAAAGGUCUCAUCUUAUCAUUACAUUAUGUGACUCACAAAUAUCUAGAUCUAUCUGUAUAUUCCUACCAACAUUUCGUUUACAAAGAUUGCAGAGGGAAAACAUGACCUCAGAACUUAAGAGAGAGAGAGAGAGAGAGAGAGAGAGAGAGAGAGAGAGAGAGAGAGAGAAGCUGGGAGGGAGAGAGACAGAGAUGCAGAGAGAGAAGGAUAAAGCAAGAGACAGAGAGAGAACUAAUUGAAAGCAAGAAUAAAUAUAUGUAAAAUUAAAGAUUUAUUUAUUCCGAUGUGUUACAUUUUUUCAAUGCUUUUACAAUGCUUUCUUAUGACAUUGACAAUGUUUGUUGUCAAUGUCAUAAAUAUCUUGAAUUUGAACAUGAAGAGAGAUAGAAAAUAGGGAUCACAAGAAAAAACAUCAAGUUGCCAAAAAGUGUGUUUCUUUCAGCAGCAAUGGGAAACAGAGGGUCUUCAAAGUAGGGCAGAUUUGCAUUAGUUGAAAGCUGCCAAACACGACAAGCUUUCAGCCACUUACCUUAGCUUUGCGCAGUAGCGUAAUUGCUAAAGCAGCCUGUGACCGGCCAAAAAACACACACACAUCUUAAAAGAGGCAGAAAAAACUUGUGGAUUUGGUCAGUAAUCAUGAACAAACAACACCUGUCUCUGGCUCCCAUCUAGGUCUUUCAAGCACACUUUUUGAAGUUAUUUGGUAACACUUUACAAGAAAAGUAAAUUAAUCAACCAUAAAUGAACAUAAGUUAAUGCAGUAAUAAUAAUUUACUAACAGACAGUUAACUAAAUGUCUAUUAAUCAUUUACCAAUGGUCUUCAUGUUUCCUUGUGGUGUUCAUAUUAACUAAGUUAUUAAUAAGUACAUAAGUACAGGGUGAUGGUUAACCGUUAAGUAAGGUUUUGCUGACCAUCCCCUUGUGAGACCGGCAGAGGCGAGGUGGAAACAGGAGAGGCAAAUCUAGUCAAAUGAAGCAUUACUACUUGACGUAUACAGACAUUUACAACUUCUGAGGCUUGCUCUGAACCUUCAGUGAUUUGUUUGUCCAGCAUAAACAUAGAGCUCAGCUUACAAGAUAAACUACGGCCAAAAACACUUUGACAUUGUGAAGAUACGUCUGUGGGUUAAGAACAACGACCCCAGGUCCUAUUUCACCCUUUUGUGUAUUUCCUUUCCCCUAAACUAGAUAUCUGUAACUUCUACAAUGACAUCAUGAUACAUUGCUGCAGUAAUUAAAGUACGGUUUAAUAGUUUGUUUUCAAAUCACUGUCACAUCAACCAUAUGUAUCAGAUAUUAGGUUUGCUUACAAAGGACACAAACCCAGGGGCUCGGUCUAAGAAUCACUGCAUGUUUAAAUUUUGCAGUGUUCCUCUGACGAGAAAUUGGGAAUUUGUGAUAAGAAGACACAUACAUGGGGGGUGUAACCAUAUAUCAUCACCAUUGAUCAGGCAAUCAAAGGUGUUGUUUCUUUUCGCUAGCUAUACUCUAGGCGCAAAAACAUUCAGUGAAGUGUCUAGUCUCUGUAGACUUGCUGACCUCAGCGAUAGCUGCGUAACUAAAUGUUCUCCAAAGUCUUGGCUACACAUCUAGCAAAUGUACCCUUUCAUUGGUUUGGAACUUUUAUUUUUCCCCAGACGACACACGUUGAUUAGAUUGCCUGGGUAUUUCUGAGUUCCGUAGUACAAUAGUCCACUGGAGCUGAGCAGGGGAACAGUCAAUUACAGAAUUCCAAAUAACGAUGCAGAAAAAUAUUACAAAUAUAAUAAUGUAAACCCUGGAAUAAAAAGUUACUGGAUGUCUGACGUUUUACAACAAUGUCAAAGUGUUUUAGGCUGUAUUAUUCCUUUAAGUGAAGCAAGCUAAGAAUUAUUCAAGGAUUUAAAAGUGAUGUAGUUGUACCUUUUGGAACCUCAGAGAGGACUGCUCGGCUGCUCAUCAAAUGUUAUUGUUAGAAAGUAAUAUAUUUGAAUAAUACAAUACAUCAUGGCUGAGGAUACAAGACGCUGUAAUUAACUCUAUGGGGGAAAUAAUAACCUUCCAUUGCUCUCUGAAUUCAGACAAAAAGACAACUAAAAGGCCGAACCCCUCGCAAAAACUGAGCCACACAAUUUGAACAUCUCUCUACAAUGGAUUUCAACCAUUGGCAUUCAAUUCAAGAUUACACUAUCCACUUUGUCCCCCAUCAUAGUGCUUCUUCAUGCUCCAUUAUUGCCCAUUCUGUGGAUGUUUACACCUCUGUUGCUAUGGCUAGUUCUUUACAGGGAUUGCACUGGCCAUACCUAAAAAAACAAAGGACAGGUCUUUUCCAAUAUGCGCUGAUAUGUGGAGGAGUUAAAUCAUCAUUCUCUGCAGCCGAAAUUCAUGGCAUCUAUUUAUUAGCCUAUAGAAAUCCAGUCCGUUUUUUUUAUGUUUUGUUUUAUUUGUCCAGGAAAAAUAAAGAAUUGUUCAAGACGUCAGGGAUACUCAAAGGAUAUACCUGUUCUGUAUUGUGUAUGUUCUGGUUGAGUUACCCUGUUCCCUUGUUACAACAUGCAGAUUGUGUACAUAAUAGAUGUUUAUGCUGUGUAUAUUCCAGAUUUUCUUUCAUUUGUAACGUUUAGUUAAAUUUUUUUUGCAAAACCUUUUGAUUGAUUGUCUUUUCCCAACCCUUUCAGCCGAGAUUGACUUUAUCUUAAAGCAAAUAAAAAAGCUUUUAUUUUGUUACUGUACAAAA